GGUCAAAGUGCAAUUUAGACACAAAAAGUGAAGGGAAAAGUGAAACGGCUUGAAGCUCCGGAGGGUUUCAGUCCAAUAGAAGAAGUGGUGGAAUCCAGUCCGAGGAGGAGGAGAAGCCGAAAAAUGGGUUGGAUAGCGGAGUCCGUCGAUUCCAUCAAAUCUCUUCAGAUCAGACAGGUCCUCACACAGGCCGUCAGCCUCGGUAUGAUAGUGACAUCUGCACUAAUAAUAUGGAAGGCUUUGAUGUGCAUUACUGGCAGUGAAUCUCCUGUUGUAGUUGUUCUUUCUGGAAGCAUGGAACCUGGCUUCAAGCGGGGUGACAUAUUAUUCUUGCACAUGAGCAAAGAUCCUAUUCGUGCAGGGGAAAUUGUCGUGUUUAAUGUUGAUGGUCGUGAAAUUCCAAUCGUCCAUCGAGUAAUAAAGGUUCAUGAACGGCAAGAUACUGGCGAAGUUGAUGUCCUCACAAAAGGGGAUAACAAUUAUGGGGAUGACCGACUUUUGUAUGCUCAUGGACAACUCUGGCUUCAGCGACACCAUAUCAUGGGCAGAGCUGUGGGGUUCUUACCUUAUGUUGGAUGGGUGACAAUUAUCAUGACUGAAAAGCCUAUUAUAAAGUAUAUACUUAUUGGGGCUUUGGGUUUGCUCGUGAUUACUUCGAAGGAUUGAUGAAUGAAGUUGAAGGUGCCGGUGGGACAAAAAAUGGUCAUUGUUAGCAACAGCUGCUAUUCUCUUGGUGGCUUUUGUCAUCCUUUCUACAUUUUUGUCCAAGGAAUAGUUCGUUUUGAAUAGAUGAAAAUGACUCAAUUGCUGUCACUGGGAUUGUUGACAUGGUUACUUAUUAACCACAGACCUGUUUAUGUUAUGAACUUGAUCACAUGAUUUCUUCAAUGUUUAGCUUAUUGGAGCUA